AAGAACCCAAUGUCAGCUAACGCCUAACUGCAGAGCGCUCCAGUUCGUUGCAGCUGUAGGUUGCUGGUGAAUCAUUUAGCACAAUGCUUUCUUCUUUGAUUCUGUGCCUUAUCGUAAUGACGUUUUCACGUCAGACGACAGCGUCGCAUUUUCGCGGCGGGAUCAUCACUUGGAAGCCAGGUGGAAAUAAUUCGAACAAGGUGCUUUUUAACUUUCGGCUGGGUUUCCGAAGAUCCUAUUCCUAUUCAUAUUACUGCGACAACUCGAUGGUCGCGAGCCAAAGCAUCGUAGGAAGUGGAGACAGCUGGAGAGCAAGUCACGACAAAGGAUAUUAUUCAAGCUUUAGAGUGGCAAGCACAGGAUAUCACUGCACCGAUUUCAGUGUUCAGGAGGACUGGUCACAAGGGGAAAACAGUUUUGAGUAUACUUUCUGGAAUGAAGGACCCUGGCUGAUAAGUUAUACAAGUUGCUGUUGGAUCUCAUUAGCGAAUGGAGGCAAUGGAGACUGGCUUCUCUCGACCACUGUCAACCUGACAAGGCGGCAGGAUAGCGGAAAAAUCAACUCAUCUCCGAUCUCAGCAAUAUCUCCCAUCGUUCGACACCAGCAAGGCUGUCCAAAAACAAUUACUAUUCCCGCCGAGGACUCGGAUGGUGAUAAAGUUCGCUGUCGAUGGUCGAAUGGCUCUCGAAGAGAGUGUGGUGAUGUAUGUCAUAGCUUUCAAAGUGGCACUUUAGACGAAGAGAAAUGCACUUUGAGUCUCCAUAGCAAUAUAGCUCUCGGUUGGCAUGCAGUGGCUAUUACCUUAGAAGACUACCCAGCUUCAACGACCAACUUCCAAAGCGCCACUCCAUACAGUCACGUUAGCCUGCAGUUUCUUGUACACGUGAGUCCAUCUUCCGGGCCGUGUAAUAGGGCUCCAGUCCUAAUAGGCCAAAGUCCAAACGACGGAUCUUGUGAGGAAGUGUCAAAUGGAAACACAUUCAACAGCGUUAUUGAAGCAAAACAUAUCGACUCCUCCAGGAGCAUUACAGAGAUUAUCACUGUCACACCACUUUAUAUGGUUAUUUCUGGCCUCCUGAAUUACACUGAUUCGAUCGGGGAUACAGUAUUCUACAGGAACGUGUCGUGGAAUCCGCGAUUAUCUCAGAAAGGACGACAUAUCUUUUGUUUCAAGGCAGUUGACAACUUCGGAAUUGAAAGCAAGCAAAGAUGUAUCACCAUUAUCGUCGGAUCAAACAACACUCCAAAUCCGUUAUUGUACUCCCGUGUUCCUGUGGUUCCUCGUUUGUCAUGGCCGUGGUGGUUUGGAUUUGUGGACUUUAACAUAACGUUUGACCAACAGAUCAAAAGACCACGUCAUUCCAAGUUUAUAAGGAUCGUCGUGGAAGAUCACGUGAUAUACAAACUUGACACACGCUCUUCGAGUGAAGUCACCGUUGAUAAAUUCAGCCUUAAAUUCCGCCUGCCGCAAGUUGUUCUCAGCAUGCGAGGAAAUUAUUCUAUCACCAUGGACCGUGGUGUUGUCGUGGGCCUCGGUUGUACAUCGGAUGGUCCGCCCUCUCCAGGCUUCAGCUCGUUGAAAGACUGGCCAUUUGAUGUUGGAGUUUGUUCUAAGGGCACUUACAUGGGUCAGAAUAAUCAGUGUAGUGACGUAAAUGAAUGUUCGAAGGCGCCGUCCAUUCUGAGUCGCAAGAAACGAAGUCAUCGGUAUUGGCGCUAUUACACUUCUGCGCAAGCCAUGGCAUCAAGUAUGCCCACUACUAGUUUUUCACCGACGCCAGCUUUUGCAGUUGCUGCUACUUCAUCGAUUUCUGUGGUGGAUGGCAAGACCCUUAAGCAAUUAAGGAUGCAGAGAGAAUCUCCAUUUAUCUUUACGUUUAUUUCAGAGUGCACGAGUCACUACCUUUUGGAGGAUUUUGGAAGAUCAGUUAACUACGUCGGGAAUGUCACAUGCGACAGAGGCCUUGCCCAUGGCUGGUACAGAUUUCGCGGUGCAGCAGGAACUCAAAUGCCCACCUACUGUGUGAGAAAGUAUCAUUGUGGAACGCAUGCGCCUGGCUGGCUGAGAGGUGCGCACCCUUCCGUAGCUGACGGGAUUAUCCGUGCGUUGGUGUGCUUCCACUGGGGGUCGCAAUGUUGUUCGUGGUCCACGAUCAUCCGCGUGCGCAACUGUGGUGGAUUUUAUGUCUACGAACUUAGACGACCACCGGCUUGUCAUCUGCGUUACUGCGGAGAAGGUAACGUCCAAUCAACUCCAGUGAUGCGUACUUUUCCUAGCGUGGUAACAUCUUUACACACAAGUGCAAACUCGUUAAACAUAAGAGCAACGGUUGCUACAGUAAUGCCUGUUGCGUCCAGUACACCAUUUGUGCUACACCUACCCGCUAAUUGCCAACAUGACUGUGUUAACACAUGGGGAAGUUAUUACUGCACUUGCCGUCAAGGAUACAGAUUAGAGGCGGAUGGGAAAACAUGUCGGGAUAUAAACGAAUGCUUAACUCAAAAUGGCGGCUGCACCCACCAGUGUGUGAAUAUCCCAGGAGGUCACUACUGCAAAUGUCCCGAGGGUGUAACAAUGGGCUUUGAUAACAAGACUUGCCAUGAACCUGGUAUUACAGUGAAAUGUACAGCUGAAGCAAUGUUUAUCUUUCUGGAGAGAAAAACUUUCCAAGGCUUUGAUCCAAACAAACUGACACUUCUUUACCCGUCAUGUCGUGCGUCCUACAACGAUUCCCACAUUUCCUUGCGUACGAGUCUCAAUGACUGUGGAACCACUCAUAACGAAAGCGAGGACGCGAUAACUUUCUACAACAAAGUGCGAAGUGUCCAGUCCUACUCCGGCAACAUCAUCACUCGGGAGCAAAAUGUGUCAAUUCCUUUCUACUGCAGUUAUGGACGUAAGGCCCUGCUACGAAAUCCAAGUUUCAAAACCUGGAAGAACCAUUUCACAGCUUCGGAAGGUGGAUAUGGCAACUUCACCUUCACUAUGGAUCUAUUCAAGACGGGCAGAUAUCUUACACCGUUCAGUUACAAUGACUAUCCAAUCACGGUUCAUCUUCGGGAUCAGUUAUUUCUUCAGUUGACGGUACAGUCACACCAAUCUAACCUGGUUCUCUUUGUCGACACCUGCAAGGCGACUCCCACUCCUGAUCCGUACUCAGUUCCUCAGUAUGUCUUCUUACAGAGAGGAUGUAAGCUGGAUUCUACCCUCAAUUAUUCGUACUCCAUCAGCUCCAAACAGCGUUUUAGCAUCCAAGCGUUUCGUUUUAUUGAAGACCAUCCUGUAGUGCAUCUUCACUGUGAAGUCCUGGCUUGCCACCGCAACACUGCCCGGUCUCGCUGCCUCCAGGGAUGCUCCCGCUAUCGAGGACGGAGAGACGAGGUGCCUGGUUCUGAGAGUACUCAAGUUUACGAAAUGUCGUCAGGACCAAUCAAAUACCAGAACGGGGCGAGUGCAACGGACACGACAGAAGCUGAAAUUCAAACCAACAUGGAGAUCAUCACAGUAGUGGCGGCAUCCGGCGGAUUUUGCCUUCUUCUUGUUAUCAUUCUCACUAUCGUCGUCAUUCGAAUCAAGAAGCGUCUCAAAGGAGCCUUCGCAGAUCGCAACAAAGUCUACGCCAUGGAACAGUGUGGCAAUCACGUCAAGGAAGACAACAACAACAACUUGGGUUUCGUUCAGGAUGACGAACUGAACGAGAUGGGGUACAAGCCGAUCAUUAUGAAACCGCGUGCUCCUGAUGCCGUUACUUCGGAGAGAGCUUGAUACGAAGAAUGGAGUGAUUCCUGAGGGUCUCUCUCAUCUUCCAUGUAUAUUAAGGACUGGAAUGCUCGUGGGAAAAUGUUAAUUUCACCUCCAAAAAGGGGACUGAUCUGGAUAUAGCUAGUGCAUCAGGUUUUUUUGGCCCCAAAAGGUAUCAAUUAAAAAUCUAAGCAAUCUCAUAGCAAUGUUUUUUCUUAUUGAUUGAGACUACAAAAACAGCACGACAGGUUUGUUUAAUGCCUUCCGAAGAAAUCUAGAGCAGGUACAUCGACAAUUAACUAUUUAGUGUUUCUUCUGGGAUACCCCCAGUGAUGCAAAAAUCUACUCCUUCAUCCUUCCUUAAAUUACGAGCAUUCUAGGUCUUCUCAUCGUAUUGGAGACCCACGGGGAAUACUGAUUGCUUGUUUCCCAUUGGUAAUAUAACUUGCACUUGUGGCUACUAGUGGGUUACAUUUUUCACUUUUUUCUUUUCCAGUUGUACACACAAUUUAGAUGCUCCUCUCAAAGCUACAAUUCUGCUUUAGAGCAAAAGGCAUGGUGUGUUGCAGCCCGAUGUAUUUUGGUUGUGCGUGUGCUUUUCUUAAUCAGACUGAUGGUCAGACGAUGAAAAUAGGGUAGGC